AAAUCUGGCAACGUCGCCGUUGCGUUCAUGACGCGCACUUGCUUUCAAGUUGUCGACCAGUGACGACCGCCCAGAAAAUUUGACGUGGCUACUACGUAUACCCCGUUUGCCCACUCCGAUUGCUGCAAAGCUGGUGACGAGAAAUACGUAACUGGAGUACCCUUUAUUGUGCAAUGGACAGUAUGGUCGACGAGAAUGGUUCUGUUGACCCUUUGGCACCAUCCCCUGAUCCACAGUCUCCCAUUUCGGUCUCGGUAGGGGUUUCCAACAACUCGCAACCACAUCUAGUGACCGCCACUAACAUUGUUCAGCUCACGUUACCAACUACUCAAACCCAGGCACAGGUGCAGAGUGUCAUUCAACCUAAUCAACAGUCUGUAAUACAAACGGCUGCUAAUUUACAACCCAUGCUGAGCAAAGGGAAUGUGAUUCUUGUCAGCAAACCAAACUCUGUUAUACAGACUACUCAAGGGAGUCUUCAAACAUUACAAGUAGUUGAGACAGCAAGCGACGAAAGUUUCUCGGAAGACGAGUGUCCAAAGAAACGCAGGGAUCUACUUUCUAGACGACCUUCUUACAGGAAGAUCCUGAAUGAUUUGGGAGGGGGUGAGAUAGCUGAAGGAAAAGUGGAGCAAACUUCUUCAGAGGCAGACAGUGAAUUAUCCUCACAUUCUAUCCCAUACCACACAGGCAUGUCAGUCAAGGCAGAAAGUAUAGAAGCGAAAAAUACCUCUAACCUGAAUGGAUUGAGGUUGACCGAUCAAGAAUGGCCUAAUGUUAAAACUGUUAAAUCGGAGAAAGUAGACUACGAGUUUUCAGUGUUGCCAGCGACGGCAAUUCAGAUAUCAAGUGGUGAAGGGGGAGGUCACGGCUUGCAUACGUUAACGAUGACGAAUUCGACGCAAGGUGGAGCUAUUGUGCAAUACGCCCAGGGGCAGGAAUUUUAUGUACCUGUGGUGGCUCAAAGUGGCAGCAUAUCAGGGCAGGGCGAAGACCAAUCACGUAAAAGGGAAAUGCGCUUGUUGAAAAAUAGGGAGGCGGCAAGGGAGUGCCGAAGAAAGAAGAAGGAAUACAUUAAGUGCCUGGAGAACAGGGUGGCAGUCCUGGAGAAUCAAAAUAAGACGCUCAUGGACGAGCUUAAGGCGCUCAAGGAUCUAUAUUGUUCCCAGAAGGUGGAAUGAAACUCGAGUUUAGUUGCAUUGGUGUUGGACGUUGCCAAGGUAUUUUCAGUAGGCUACUGAGGGAAAUUGUGCUUUUUAACAAAAGAUCUUGUGCAAUCACAGCCGCUACACGUUAGAAAUGGUGCCUAAAGUGAUGAGGGAUCCAGAAGGGUGGAAGAUGAAGACGCGUUACAUUGACUUUGUUGGUUCAUUGCCAACUAAUCGAAAAUUUCGAGAAUCAGUGAGAGCUUUCUACAUUUUAAAUUUCGAAUAAAGACAAGGGACGUUUCGGAUUGGUUUCUGUCCAGAUCUGAUUGUGAGCUGUUGACGAGUAGAAGUUUACCCAAAGAAUGUUAUUAGAGUACUUAAAGUUUAUAUUUGUUGAAUGGUUUGACAAUAUCGAUAUGUUACUAUUAUUAUUUCAAGAUCUGUUCUAGACAUGUUGUUCUAUUGAGUAGUGGUUUGUACGCUCGGUACAAAUGGGAAAAUUAACUAUUAAUUUUUAGUAAUUUUGGUGUGUGUGGAGAAUUUAUUUCGAAUUUUUCAUUAUUAUUGUAACUCAAUUGAUUGCGAAUUCUUAAAACUAGUCAUGAAUUUUAAAAUGAGCUCAUAGGGCUCAACAUUGAUCUUACAUUUUUAAUUAUCAAAUUAUUUUUGUUUUUAAAUAUUUAAUAAGGAGUUAUCCUCAUCAAAAGAUUAUUUCUAGAAGUUAUGUCACUUGAAUUCAAUUUAGUUACCAAAAAUGGGAGAUUGAAAGAAUUUAUUUUUCAUAUUAUGAAACAAAUAUGUAAAUAAAAUUGUAUAUUAUGUAUAGUGAGAUAAAGGAUGAGAGGAGGGUUGUGAAGCAAGAGCUGAUGUAUAUAAAUUGAACCACAAAAAUGAGGUGCCUAUUGAUAGUUAUCCCCGUUUUGAACUUUUCAAAACUGAUUCAAAAUUGUGUCAAAAAAAAAUGGGAAAGAAUUUUUUCGAAAUACCUCAUUCUGUACUGAUAACUGGGUCAACAAAGGGCACCCCAUCAAAAUGGCAGAGUAGUAUUUAUUUUCUUAUAAUAUGAAUGGAGUGCCUUGGUAUUCAUAAAGAAAACCAAAAUAUGUUGUGCAAUUCUACAAAACUAGUGCCAUAUAGAAUCUUUCUUGGUUUUGUGUAAUUGUACAACAGUUAACUUGAAAAAAAUCAUAUGGUCUAUUGAGGUUUAUGAACGAUAACCGACUAUUUUUACAUAUCAAAAAUAAAAUUACGAUUGAACGAUUGAGUUUUCGGUAAUGAUCGGUGAUGUUUGGUUGCCAGGUACCAUUAUUUUUGUAAAUUUCUCACUUGAUCUUGUUUUAAUAGCUAAUUUGUACAAAGUAUCAUAGUUGUUAAAGUAUCAGUUGAAAGAUUUAUUGUAUGAAAUUCGAUAUAAUAUUUUAAUUACC